UUCGGGGGCGCGUGUGACGGUAUGGCUAGAAACCGUCACCGCAAAUGCUGUCGGUUCCGACUUCGUGAAGAUAAUGCCCGAUUUGUCCUUCUGGCCGUGGUUAUGGUGUUCUAUAUGCUCUGUGGUGCCGGCAUGUUCAUGUUGUUAGAACGUCGAAACGAAGAAACAGAGAGAGCCAUUUACGAGGGGGUGAUCAGGGAUUUUCUGGCACAUAACCCGGGAGUGAACCGGACAGAUUUGGAGGUAUUACUCAAGCGACAUGCACAAACCGAUGCAGCAGGAUUUGUUGGUACCAAACGCCCACGAUGGGAUUUCGCGGGAUCUUUUUAUUUUGUCGGAACAGUUGUGUCUACAAUAGGUUUUGGAAUGACUACACCACAGACAGUUCCGGGGAAAAUAUUUUUGAUAUUUUACGGAUUUUUCGGUUGUGCCGGAGCCAUCCUGUUCUUCAAUCUCUUCCUGGAGAGGAUUAUUACAUUCCUGGCUUACAUCCUGAGGGCGGUUCACGAGCAAGAGCUUCGCCGGAAAGGACUGACCAAUGGCAAGCACGGAAAAGGUCGCCGGGGAUCCCAGGCUUCCGAUGACGACAGUUUGGACUCGUGGAAACCCUCCGUGUAUUGGGUCAUGCUUAUACUUGUGCUGGGCGCAGUUUUCGUGGCGCUCUGUGCUUCAGCAAUGUACCAGCCUGUGGAGGAAUGGAGUUAUUUCGAUGCCAUUUAUUUCUGUUUCGUGACCUUUGCUACCAUUGGGUUUGGUGACAUCGUUGUUAGUCAGAAGUCAAAUUACGAUUAUGUUCACCUCUAUAGAUUUGGCAAUUUUGUCUUCAUAGUUAUCGGAUGCUGUUGUAUAUAUAGCCUUUUUAAUGUGACUUCAAUAGUGAUAAAACAGAUUCUGAACUGGAUAUUACGAAAACUGGACGUCCGGCAGUACCGCUGCUGCUACCGACCCAAACCCAGACCCCGGCGGAACGCAAUUACGCCAGGACAUAUAAACCGCCAAGCUAAAGGUGCUGUGACAGUGUCGGACGUUGAAAAUGACAGUGACUCCGAGAGGAGAAACUCAGGGGAAAUGAUUUCAAUGAGAGACUUUUUGCAAGCCAAUAAAAUUUCUUUAGCAAUGAUGCAAAAACAACUGUGGGAAACGGCACAGAGGGGUGCUAUUUCCAGCUCCAAUGGCGGUGGUUUUCAAGGGGGUGUGGGGCCUUUAGCUAUACUGAAUAAAAAAUUGGGACAAGAAGAUGUAUAACGACG